AGCCGGGGGCGUCAGGCUCUGUGUUGGUUGAAGGGAGCAUGUGGGUCUGCAGCAAGCUGUGGCGGGUGCGAACCGCCGCCCGGCAGUGGUGGGGGCUGCUCCCAGCUUCUGGCUGUCACGGACCUGCUGCCUCCUCCUACUCCGCAUCCGCCGAGCCUGCCCGGGUCCGGGCGCUUGUCUAUGGGCACCACGGGGAUCCAGCCAAGGUCGUCGAAACCAUAAUUCCUGGGCACACAUGGCAGCUCAGAAAUGUUGCCUGACCUACUUUGGGGAGAUGAUUUGAGCGAAACACCCAAUCUAGCCUGGAUGACAUGAACAUCUCCGUUUGGCUUUGUGCUUAGACUCAAGAACCUGGAGCUAGCUGCUGUGGGAGGAUCAGAUGUCCGUGUGAAGAUGCUGGCGGCCCCUAUCAAUCCAUCUGAUAUAAAUAUGAUCCAAGGAAACUAUGGCCUCCUUCCCGAACUGCCAGCUGUUGGAGGGAACGAAGGUGUUGCACAGGUGGUAGCAGUGGGCAGCAGUGUGACCGGGCUGAAGCCAGGAGAUUGGGUGAUUCCAGCAAAUGCUGGUUUGGGAACCUGGCGGACCGAGGCUGUGUUCAGCGAGGAAGCACUGAUCCAAGUUCCGAGUGACAUCCCUCUUCAGAGCGCUGCCACCCUGGGUGUCAAUCCCUGCACAGCCUACAGGAUGUUGACGGACUUUGAGCAACUGCAGCCAGGGGAUUCUGUCAUCCAGAAUGCAUCCAACAGCGGAGUGGGGCAAGCAGUCAUCCAGAUCGCCGCAGCCCUGGGCCUAAGAACCAUCAAUGUGGUCCGAGACAGACCUGAUAUCCAGAAGCUGAGUGACAGACUGAAGAGUCUGGGGGCUGAGCAUGUCAUCACAGAAGAGGAGCUAAGAAGGCCCGAAAUGAAAAACUUCUUUAAGGACAUGCCCCAGCCACGGCUUGCCCUCAACUGUGUCGGUGGGAAAAGCUCCACAGAGCUGCUGCGGCAGUUAGCGCGUGGAGGAACCAUGGUAACCUAUGGGGGGAUGGCCAAGCAGCCCGUCAUAGCCUCUGUGGCAAUGCCGCGUCCCUGGAGGGGAGUCUGUACCCUUAAGCGAUGCCUGAAGUUCUUGCCCUCAGAGCCCAGCAUGUCCUUCCUGUGUCUGCAGAGCCUGCUCAUUUUUAAGGAUCUCAAACUUCGGGGCUUUUGGUUGUCCCAGUGGAAGAAGGACCACAGUCCAGACCAGUUCAAGGAGCUGAUCCUCACACUGUGCGAUCUCAUCCGCCGAGGCCAACUCACAGCCCCUGCCUGCUCCCAGGUCCCGCUGCAGGACUACCAGUCUGCUUUGGAAGCCUCCAUGAAGCCCUUCAUGUCUUCAAAGCAGAUUCUCACCAUGUGAUCAUCCCAAAAGAGCCGGAGUGACGUGGGAGGGGAGGCGGAUCUGAGGGGCUAGGUGCAGGCCCCUCAGUCGGGGUUCCCACCUUCCCCAGACUACUGCUCUCCUCACUGCCUCUUCCUAUUAGGAGGAUGGUGAAGCCAGCCGUGGUUUUCCCCAGGGCCAGACUUAAGGUAUCUAAUAAAGUCUGAACUCUCCCUUCCAAAAAG